CCCCCCCCCGCCCCGGGAGCGGCCUCAGCGGCGGCGGCGGCGACGACGGCGGGAGGGCCCGGGGGCCGCUCCGGGCCGGGCCGCUCCGGGCCACCCAUGGAGCCUCUCGGAGGUUGAUGCCCAGGAGCCGCUCGGGUGCCGCCGACUCCUCCGGCCUUGGCUAUGGACAUCGUCCUGUCCGACUUUGUUCGCUCAACGGGGGCAGAGCCAGGGCUGGCCAGGGACCUCCUUGAAGGCAAGAACUGGGAUCUGAGCGCGGCGCUGAGCGACUUCGAGCAGCUGCGCCAGGUGCACGCCGGGAACCUCCCGCACUCCUUCAACGAGGGCCGGGGCUCCCGGCCCCCCGAGAGGGAGCUGGCACGGCCAGGGAGGCCCCCCCUGCAGCGCCAGGAUGACCUCGUGCAAGAGAAGCGCCUGUCCCGGGGCAUCUCCCAUGCCAGCUCCACCAUCGUGUCCCUGGCGCGCUCGCACGUCUCCAGCAACGGCAGCAGCAGCAGCGAGCACCUGCUGGAGAUGCCCAUCUGCACCUUCCAGCUGCCCGACCUCACCGUCUACUCCGAGGAUUUCCGCAGCUUCAUCGAGCGGGACCUCAUCGAGCAGUCCAUGCUGGUGGCCCUGGAGCAGGCUGGCCGUCUCAACUGGUGGGUGACAGUGGAUCCGAGCUGCCAGCGCCUGCUGCCCCUGGCCACCACUGGGGAUGGGAACUGCCUGCUCCACGCUGCCUCCCUGGGAAUGUGGGGCUUCCAUGACAGGGAUCUGAUGCUCAGGAAGUCCCUGCACACCCUGAUGGACAAGGGAGCGGAGCGGGAGGCGCUGAGGCGCCGGUGGCGCUGGCAGCAGACCCAGCAGAACAAGGAGUCUGGCCUGGUUUACACGGAGGAGGAGUGGCAGAAGGAGUGGAACGAGCUGAUCAAGCUGGCAUCGAGCGAGCCCCGCGUGCACUACGGCACCAACGGCGGCGGCUGCGGCGGGGUGGAGAGCUCAGAGGAGCCGGUGUAUGAGAGCCUGGAGGAGUUCCACGUCUUCGUGCUGGCCCACGUGCUGAAGAGACCCGUGGUGGUGGUGGCAGACACCAUGCUCAGGGACUCAGGGGGUGAAGCAUUUGCCCCAAUUCCCUUUGGAGGGAUCUAUCUGCCCCUGGAGGUCCCAGCCAGCAAAUGCCACCGCUCCCCUCUGGUUCUGGCUUAUGACCAAGCUCAUUUUUCUGCCCUGGUCUCCAUGGAGCAGAAGGAAAACACAAAAGAUCAAGCUGUGAUCCCCCUGACAGACUCUGAGCACAAACUGCUCCCCGUGCACUUCGCCGUGGACCCGGGCAAGGAGUGGCAGUGGGGGAAGGAUGACAGUGACAACGUCAGGCUGGCCAGCGUGACACUGUCACUGGAAGCCAAACUGCACCUGCUGCACAGCUACAUGAAUGUCAGAUGGAUCACGUUGCCUUGUGACAUGCAGGCGCCCCUGGCUCAGCCAGAAUCCCCCACGGCCUCGGCGGGCGACGACGCUCGCUCGGCGGCGGAGUCGGGCGAGUCGGACAAGGAGUCGGUGUGCAGCAGCUCUGCCAGCAACGGGGGCACCAGGGCAGCCAAGGACAGGGAGAAACCAAAGAAAGAGAGGGAAAAGGAGAAGGAAAAGGAUAAAAAACGAGCAGACUCGGUAGCCAACAAGCUGGGAAGCUUCGGGAAGACUCUGGGCAGCAAACUAAAAAAGAACAUGGGGGGCCUGAUGCACAGCAAGGGCGUGAAGGGCGGCGUGAGCAACGGGCAGGGAGACACCCUGGAGAAGAAGAAGAAAGGAUCCCUGAAGGCACGGAAGGACAGCAAAGAGGAAUGUUCCCCUGCAGAUUCGGCUCCUGCAGAGAAGCCUUGUGCAGGUAAAGCAGCCCUGGAGAAGCCCUCGGAUCCCUCCAAGUACAGCAGCGACGUUCGGCUGAGCCUGAGCAUCCUGCGCGCCGCCAUGCAGGGCGAGCGCAAGUUCAUCUUCGCCAGCCACCUCAAAACCAGCAGCCGGCACCAGUUCCAGGAGGAGAUGAUCCAGAGGUACCUCCUGGACGCUGAGGAGCGGUUCCUGGCGGAGCAGAGGCAGAAGGAGGCAGAGAAGAAGGCGCUGGGCAGCGCUGCCCCGGCCAAGAGGCCGGAGGGGGAGGUGGGUGCCCAGCGGAGCGAGGAGGCGAUGCCCAGCCCCGCGUUCUGCCAGCCGCCCCCCAGCUACGCCCCCCAGCCCCUGGAGCCGGCCCUGGCUGCUAAAAUCGCUGCUUUUCCGGCUGGCUAUUCCGGCGUUUUCACCUUCCCCAGGCCCUCUAUGGGCAGCGCCGAGGGGCUGCACCCACCCGCGUGUGCCGAGGGCCGGCGGCAGCUGGCGGGGGGGCCCUGUGGGAGCCUCCCCCCCUAUGCCACCCUGCCCCGGCACCACCAGGGCCGGCUCGGCCCCUGCCCGCCCGGCCCUGCCCACCUGGGCCGGUUCUCCCCCACGGACAUGGAGAUCCAGGCUCCCUUCCCCUCCGAGUGCGAGGGCUCCGGCUGCCUCCUCCCCCCGCACAGCAACGGCUGCCGGGAGCUCCAGGAGCAGGACAAGGGAGGAACAGUGGAUAAAGUGAGAAGCCAAGGCCUCUACAACAUCCAGCAGACCAAGUGCAAACAGCCCAACUGCAGCUUUUACGGACACCCAGAGACUGGGAAUUUCUGUUCCUGCUGUUACAAGGAGGAGCUGCGGCGCAGGGAGAGGGAGGCGCUGGUGCACAGGUUCUGAGGCUCCCCCUGUGCAGAUCCGGACCCCGGGCACGUGGGGAAUGCAAUAACAGAGAUCCCUUUCGGUUUUUACACCCACCACGCUCCUCUCCCACUCUGCAGGAGGUGGAGCGGGCCUUGGGCCUGCUGGGAUGGGCUGGGAGCGUGGCAGGGGCUGGUGGGAGUGAUGGGGUGCAGGAGGGAGAGAGGGGGGAAGCAGCCCCUGCCCUCCUGGAGCCCCUGCAGG